AUGGCCGCUGUCGCUGAGAAGCAACAAAAAGAAGCCCCCGUUAAACACGAGGAAGAGGAAGAAGAUUACUACAACUCCGAAGAUGGCAGUGACUACGACUCAUACUCAGAUGACGACCUAGACGAACCCCAGACAGAACUUGAAGACGACCUGAACAGCCAGAACCGAAGAAACCAACGGCGCAAAAAUAAACAACUACAGCAGCGUCAAUUCGAUGAUGAUGACGAUGAAUACGACGACGAGUAUGACGACGAAGACGACUACGGAAGCGAAGACGACGCCCAGGCACUUGCACCUUUGGACAAAAACUCAUAUGGCCCCAUCCGUGAGAGUAACCAGGGGGUAGGUGGUAAGAAAAUAGAGACUGCCAAAGAGGCUACGGGGUCGAUUGACGAUGAGGAGGGCUUGAAGCUCAAGCUGGACAUCAAUUUGGAAAUUGAGAUCGAGUUGAAGGCGCGUAUUCAUGGUGACUUGACCUUGGCUUUGCUGGCUUAG